AUGAAGGCUAUGGCAAAGAAAAAGAAUCCCCUGGUGUUUAUGGAUGUGUCUAUUGAUGGUGAUCCUAUUGAAAGGAUGGGUUUUGAGCUUUUCUACGAUGUUGCUCCAAAGACGGCAGAAAAUUUCCGUGCAUUAUGUACAGGAGAGAGAGGUAUCGGUCCAAAUACUGGAAAAUCGCUGCACUACAAGGGUUCUUUCUUCCAUCGUGCUAUAAAAGGCUCCAUCGUGAAGGGUGGUGAUUUUGUCAAUCGUAAUGGGACCGGUGGAGAAAGCAUAUAUGGUUCAAACUUCCCAGAUGAAUCGCCUAGGCUAAAGCAUGACGCCCCAGGGCUUUUGACGAUGGCAAUUGUUGACCGUGACACACUUGGGUCUCAUUUUAUUAUCACUUUGAAAGCUGAUCAUCAUCUUGAUAGGAAGCAUGUAGUUUUUGGGAAGCUUGUUGAAGGGGUUCAAGUAUUGAGGAGAAUUGCAGAUGUGGGUGAUGAUGAAGGACAUCCAACUGUAACUGUUAAAAUUAUUUAUUGUGGUGAAUAUAACGAGGAUGGAAAGAAAGUAAACAAAUCAAAAGCAGGAAAGGAUGGGUCUUGCGAAGGCAAUAACCAUGAAACACGGAGGAAAGGAAAGCAUAAAAGAUCUGCAAAAGAUAGAAGGAAAAAGAGAAGAUACAGCUCUUCUGAAUCGGAGAGUUCUUCAGAUUCAGACACAGAAUCUUCAGAAACUGACAGUGAUUCUGACUCAGAUACGUCCUCAUCAUCUGAUACAAGUUCCUCUAAUGAUGAUAGACGAAAAAAGAGGAAGAGAUCUAAGAAAGACAAAUAUAAACGCGAAAAAAAGAGAGAUAAACGCCGUGACAAAAGGCGAAAAAGACUAGAUAAGAGAUCGAAGCGUAGAUCAAAAAGGGAAUCUGGCAGUGAAUCAGAUAGUGAGAGUGAGAGUAGCUCUGACAGUGAAAGUCUUGAUACUCAACAGAAAGGGCUGAAGCAAAAAGAUCGUUCUCAGAAGAAAGCUGAAGUGACCUCUUCCCCAGUGGUGGAGAAAGAUGUACCUACCGUUCAUCAUAAAAAGGAAGAGGCAGGUAUGCCUGAGGGUAAGCCAAAAAUAAUAAUGGAAAAUGGAGAGCGGCAUACCAAUGGUACUGGAGCUGUAUAUAGAUCUGAUAGAAGUGAAGAGAUGCAGCCUGAUGUGAUGGAUGAUCAUUUGGGCAAAUAUAGGAGUCGAAGCAUAAGUCCUAAGCGACCCACGAGUAGGAGCAUGAGUAUUAGUCCCGGGAGGAGUAGGAGCAAGAGCCGUAGUAUUACCCCGAAAAGAAUGAGCAAAAGCCCAUGUGUUAGUAGAAGCCCUCCUCGCCCGUCAAGGAGGAGUUUGAGCAGGAGUCCUGUUAGGAGCAUCGACAGGAGUCCUGAUAGAAGCAUUGGUAGGAGUCCAAGAAGAAGCAUCAUCAACAGGAGCCCAGUGAGAAGCAGAAAGGGGAGAAAUAUUAGUAGAAGUCCUGUUAUAGCUCGUCCUCUUAAAAGUGUCAGCAAGAGCCCUGUUAGAUCCCGCCGGAUCAAGAGUUCUCCUAGAGCAUCAUCAAGAAAAACAAUCAGUAGAAGCCCUGUAAGAGUGUCAAGAAAGAGCAUUAGUCGCAGUCCAAUUAGAUUGCCUUCAAGAAGCGUAAGCAGAAGCCCUGUAAGAGUGUCAAGAAAGAGUGUAAGUCGUAGUCCAAUUAGAUCACCUGCAAGAAGCUUGAGCAGAAGCCCUGUAAGAGUGUCAAGAAAGAGUGUAAGUCGUAGUCCAGUUAGAUCACGGGUAAGAAGCUUAAGCAGAAGCUCUGGUAGGGUCCCUUUAAAGAGAAGCAUCAGCAGGAGUCCUGUCAGAGCACCUAGUAGGAGCAAUCGCCGCAGUUAUUCUAGGAGUCCUAGCCCUGUACGUAGGAGGACACCUCGUGGGGGUAAUUUGUCUAGGAGUGCUUCACCCGAUGCUUCACCAAAGCGUAUCAGAAGGGGAAGAGGUUUCAGCGAGCGAUACUCCUACGCAAGAAGGUACAGAACACCUUCUCGGUCUCCGGUGAGGUCAAACCGGUACAAUGGUAGAAUUGAUCGUGACAGAUAUUCAAGUUACAAAAGGUAUUCCCCCAGGCGUUUCAGAAGCCCACCACCACGUGGAAGAACUCCUCCAAGGUACCGAAGGAGGAGCAGAACGCCAUCUGUGUCUCCCAGUCCACGCCACCGAGCUCGGCGAUAUAGCAGAAGCCGCAGCCCAAUUCUAACUCGCUCUCCAGUUCGGAGUACUUCCCCCGAUCGAUCACGCCCCUCUCGUGUAGAAAGGCAUUCAUCAUUUUCUCGGAGCAGAAGCAGGAGUUUACCUAAGUCCAGGUCUUCUGUAGAAUCACCAUCUCCACAAAAAGUAAGUCGAGACAGAAGGUCAAAGUCAUCAUCCAAAAGCCCAGAUGGAAAGAAAGGCUUGGUCUCGUAUGACGAUGGUUCUCCGGACUCAGGCUAA